GGGGCCCAGGCCCGGGGAUCCGCGGCUUCGCUGCCGCUUGUGUGUGGAAGGCAGGGUGACGCCGGCCGGCGGGGUGGGAGAGCUGAGCGGCACCCUCUGUCACCCCUCCGCCCCCCUCCGCGGGAACGUCACCUCCCUCUGCGGGUGGGACAGAGGGGCCCUUGCAGGCACACAGUCCUCACAGACAAGGAAAUGAGAAAAAUACCAAAUAAUGGGAACCUGAAGAUGAUGAAGGUGGCGUACCCGCUGGGCCUGUUCGUGUGCCUGUUCAUCUACAUCGCCUACAUCAAGUGGCACUGGGUCUUCGCCACCCAGGCCUUCUUCAGCAUCACGGAGGCAGCCUCGGGGGCCCACCGGGGCCACCAGACGCGGGAUGCCCCGGGGACGACUGCCCGUGGUCACAGGGUCUUCUAUGGCAUCAUGUUUGACGCGGGAAGCACUGGGACCCGAGUGCAUAUCUUUCAACUCACCUGGCAGCCUGGAGAGACUCCCACCUUGACCCAUGAAACCUUCAAAGCGCUGCAGCCAGGCCUUUCUGCUUAUGCUGACGACGUUGAAAAGAGCACUCCGGGUAUUCAGGAAUUGCUGGAUGUUGCUAAACAAGAAAUUCCUUUUGAUUUCUGGAAGGCCACCCCAUUGGUGCUCAAGGCUACCGCUGGCUUACGUCUGCUACCAGGAGAAAAGGCUCAGAAUUUACUACAAAAGGUGAAGGAAGUGUUUAAGGCGUCACCUUUCCUUGUAGGGGACGACUGCGUUUCCAUCAUGAACGGAACCGAUGAAGGCAUUUCAGCCUGGAUCACCGUCAACUUCCUAACAGGCAGUUUGAAAUCCCCAGGAAGCAGCAGUGUCGGCAUGCUGGAUUUGGGCGGAGGGUCCACUCAGAUCACCUUCCUUCCGAGAGUUGAGGACACCCUUCGGACCUCCCCACCCGGCUACCUGACGUCACUGCAGAUUUUUAAUAGGACCUACAAGCUCUAUUCCUACAGCUACCUGGGGCUCGGAUUGAUGUCGGCUCGGCUGGCGAUUCUGGGCGGCACAGAGGGGCAGCCUGCGGAGGCUGGAAAGGAGUUGGUCAGUCCCUGUCUGGCUCCCAGUUUCAAAGGGGAGUGGGAACAUGCUGAAAUAACGUACAGACUUUCCGGACAGAAGGCAGCAGUGAACCUCUACCAGCUGUGUGCCCGCAGAGUGUCCGAAGUCCUUCAGAAUAAAGUGCACAGGACAGAAGAAGUGAAGGAUGUGGAUUUUUAUGCUUUUUCCUACUAUUAUGACCUUGCAGCAAAUGUUGGCCUCAUAGAUGCGGAGAAGGGAGGCAGCCUCGUGGUCGGAGACUUUGAGAUUGCGGCCAAGUACGUGUGCCGGACGGCGGAGACCCGCCCACAGAGCAACCCCUUCCUGUGCAUGGAUCUCACCUACAUCAGCUUGCUGCUCCGAGAAUUCGGCUUCCCGGGAAACAAAGUGCUGAAGCUGACUCGGAAAAUCAACAACGUUGAGACCAGCUGGGCUCUGGGGGCCAUUUUUCAUUACAUCGACUCCCUGAAUGGACAGAAGAGUAGGGCCUCCUAGUGGCUGAGCUGCCUGCUGCCCUCAAGGUAGUGGCUCCGUCUCUGCAAGAACAGGCCCUUUGGAAACUCUGGACGUGUUGGGAGGAGGCCACAGCUCGGGCCGAGACCCUCCUCCCUGCAGCCCUGCAGCCCUGCAGCCCUGCAGCCCUGCCCCUGGAUGAGCCGAGGACUGGAACUCAGCGCAGGCCCAGCACUCCUCCUCCCUGCCUCAGCUCCAGGCGGGCAGCGAACCAGAUGGGAAAAGAGCACCUGCCGAGGCCAGGUGACGUAGUCCCGCUGUCCCCACGCCCCCCAUCUGUAGGGUUGGGUAGCUGUGACAUCCACUCCUGGACUGGAGUCUUGUUUUGUGUCCCUGCCCCUGUCUACACCCACUUCCCCAAGGCGGACCUCCACCUUCUCCCAGAAUCAGGGCGAGGUUUUGCAGGCUGCCCUGCUGCUCAGGGUGAGCCGAGUGAGAAAUCCCAUGCCCUCUGGGACAGUGGGCCCGGCAAGGCGCCGUGAACUCUGCACUUGAACGUGUUUGCUCCUCCUUGGGUGUGGAUGCGUGAAGUCAUACAGAGAACUGUUCCUCAGUCUUUGGAUGCCUCAAGGUUAACCGAUGGAGUUGACACUGUGAACAGGAGGAGGGGCUGGGGGAAAUACCUCUUCGUGGCCCUCCUGUGCCCCGGCUCUUCACGAAAGGCUGAAUGUGAGCGUGAGCUGCUGUGAAAUAUUUAUGGCUGUGCUGAGUGAGUGAUGUCUCUGCCAGGCAGUGCUGAGUGCUAGUGUGGCCACUGUGUUCUGAGCCCCAGUGAACAUACCGCUGCUGUGAACCGUUCGCAGCCAAGCAGUGUCAGGAGACAGGCGCUCCAGGGAUCAGCCGGUGGAUCAGCCCGUGGAUCAGCCGACUGGGCUCAGCAGUCGCCAGAACUGCCCCCUGGAAACUGCCCUCUGUGGCUCCUCCCCCUCAAGCUCCACAGGACGCUGGCUCCGCCCUCCAGGGUCUGCACUGCAGGCUCUGUCACGGGGAGGCGUGGGCUGCGUGCUGUACAGUGUGGCCCCAGGUUUACAGUCGUUCUCGUGAAUGUAUCGUGCACAGCAGAAGCUGACCUCAUGUGUUUCGCUCAGAAUAAAGGUUUACCCGUUACCAAAA